AGCUAUGUCUGUCUUUCUUGUGUACGUGCGUUUUAUAAUGGAUGAUAUUUAAUAUGUAAAUUGUGCAGAUCGAUGUGUGUUUUACUUUUUAGUGUAAAAGUCAAUAAUACUAUGUGAGCAAAUAAAAUAAAUAAUUAAGUAUAUUGAGAAAAUAAUAAUUUUAAUGUGAAAUCCGUAUAACAAGGACAAAAACAGCUCGAUUGCUGUCCUUCAAAAUGGCGGCCAUUAAUAAAACGCAGAAAUAUAAUUUUGAGAAAAUAUGUCGUGCUUGUUUGCAAAUAAAGAAGGACAUGCGACCAUUAUUUGAACAACUUACUGCUACAAUGUUAAUGGGCAUAUCAAAAGUGCAGGUAGCAGUCGGUGAUGGCCUACCAUCCCAGCUGUGCUUACAAUGUGUACACCAGAUAUCCCGGUCUCACGCGUUCAAGGAUCUCGUCGAGAGGAAUGAUGGCUUACUCCGAGAACAAGUGAAGGCGAUGGCCGAGGAAACUUUCAAAGCGAAUCUUGAGAAGGAGAAAGAAGUUCAAUCCGUAUACAGAACUAUACAAUUCAUAGAAGUACCGAACCUCAGUAGUAACGCAAAUCAAAUUCUAGAAGGAUUCUUCACGGAAACUGCUGAUCAGAACAAUAUAACUCAGGAAAUAUUGCAAAAGGAAGAAUUUGAUAUUGAUAAGCUGGACACUGAACCAGUACCACAAACGAAAGCGGAGGAAGGUUUGAACUCGGAUGAAGAGAAUUAUCUUCAAAUGGUAGUCUUUCAAGCCACAUCAUCAGUGGCACCGGGACGCCAUGUUUGUAAUUUAUGCCACAAAGAAUUCAAACACGCGCGAUGGCUUAAACUACAUAUGCGCUCACAUUCGAACUGGAUUAAAGCAAAUUGCAAGAAACCGCCCAAGUGUCCCAUUUGUGAGAGAACUUUCAAAGGUCCCGGCAUGUUGAAAAUGCAUAUGCGUACCCACGAACAGCGACCACCGAAACAGCCAACCUGUUCCGUAUGCCAGCGUACGUUCCCGACCAAAACAUUACUAUAUCGACACAGACAAACGCAUUUCGAACAGAAAACCCACCAGUGUACUGUUUGCGAGAAACGAUUCUAUAGUGGUUACGCAUUAAGGUCGCAUAUGGCGCGGCACAGAGGAGAGAGGCCCUACAUGUGCGCUAUAUGUUCGAAGAGUUUCUAUAAUCCUACUGACUUGAAGGUUCAUUUCCGCUUGCACACCGGCGAGAAACCGCUUAAGUGUUCGGAAUGCAACAAGACGUUCAGGCGACACUCGACUCUGUGUCAGCAUAUGAAGAAGCAUCGAGGUAUCCGCAACCACGUCUGCACAAUUUGCACGAAGGCCUUCUAUGAGGUUUCGAAGCUGAACGCCCAUAUGAGAGUGCAUACAGGCGAGCGUCCCUUCGAGUGUCAGUUCUGCGAACGCAAGUUCGCGCAGCAGUCCGCCCUCAUCUACCACCGCCGCACGCACACGGGGGAGAAGCCCUACGCCUGCAAGGCCUGUCCCGCGCGCUUCACCACCUCCUCCGCCAGGAACAACCAUCUGCUGACGCACACCGGGAACAAGAAUUCGGGGUCCGCGCACAGGUUCGUGUGCCCGGUGUGCUUCAAGGCGUGCUCGUCGCGCACGGAGCUGCGCGUGCACUCCAGCAAGCACACCGGCGAGAAGCUGUUCGGCUGCGCGCUGUGCUCGCAGCGGUUCAGCUCCGCCUCGCACCUCGCCGUGCACCGCCGCCUGCACACCGGCGACAAGAAGUACCAGUGCGACGUCUGCGGGAAGGGUUUCGUAGAAUGCAGUUCAUACAAAAGACACAUAAAAACACAUUUAUUGGAGAAGAAAGAUAAUGAAUUGAACCCAGACACAACAGAUGCGGACACGAAUUUUGAAACAGAAACGCAGAGCAAGGAGCCCGAGACAAAAUCUAUCGACAAAGAAGAAAGUAAUGAAGGCGAGGAAACGCACACACAGAUAGAAGGGCAGAUAGUCCAAGUGCAAAACCAAGGGGAGAAUGGAACGCAGAAGAGAUUUAAAUGCGGUAUAUGUGUGAAGAGCUACAUGUAUUUACACAGCUUGAAGAAACACAUGCUCAGUCACGUGCAGAUGUGUGUGUUCAGUCCGGAUGGAUCGGAGAAGUUGUAUGCGUUUAAGCAACAGCAAGAACUCCAACAGCAGCAGCAGCAACAGCAACAGCAGCAACAACAACAGCAACAACAACAGCAGCAACAGCAACAGCAACAACAACAACUCCAGCAACAGGCGCAGCACCAGGCGCAACAGCAGCAGGUGCAACAGCUCCAGCAGCAAGUAUUGCAAGUGGGAAGCGUCCAACAGCUAACGUUGCCGAUACACGCCAAUCACGUACAACAAGGAAUCGCUGUUUCUGGGGGAGGGCAGCAGUACCCGGUAAUAUCAUCAGUUCAGUCAUUGCAGCUGCAGCAGACACAUCAACAAAUAAAUACGCAGCAGCCGCAGCUACAGGUGCAGACGAUACAGAUACAUCCUCAGCACCAGCCCAUUCAGAUACAUGCGGUGGGCGUUCAACAAGUACAACAGGUACAGCAAGUGCAGCAGGAACAGCUGCAUGUAGCGACCUCGUCGUGUCAGACCAUGCUCCCCAAUAUACUACAGCUGCAGCCGGGCGCCGUGGUGUCGGGGCUGGCGCCGGAGCUGGGCGGCGUGCACCGCAUCAUCCUGCAGCCGCCCGCGCACCCCGCGCUCUACACCAUCCACCACUGAGCGCACACGUGCAUCGUGUCGAACCGCACUCCGAAACUUGCAUCGGCAUUUAGUUUGGCGAUAUUUUUAAAAUUAUUUUAAAGUUAUAAAUUUGAAUUAUAACUUUGCUGGUGACGCCAGGAAACAAAGGGAUUUUUACAAUGUUUGCAAACAGAAGUUACAUAAAUAUCGACACAUUUUUAAGUUAGCUCUAUGAGUCAGGAAAACUGACAAGUAUGUAAGUACAUAAGAGUAAUAUGACUUAAUUAUAUGUACCAAAAUGUAAAAAGAAAGUCUAAGUAACCAGUUAUUUCAAUGUAAAUGAUCAAUGGAUGCGAAAAGUUUUUUUUUUUAGUUAACUGAAAUAUA